AUGGAACGCCGCUUCAGAAGGCAGGAAUCGGCGUCUUCUAGUAUUGACAGUGGAGGACUACUGCGGCGUGAAAUGCUAGGCGGCGGCACCAAAAAAUCCCAACACAAUAGCCAGGUCUUUGCAGUCAAUAAAGAGUGGCAAGAUUAUAUCGCCGCCGUCGAAGGAGACCACACGGAGCUCAGACAGCUGUACAAAAUGCAAACCGAUGAAUUGUCCUCAUUGCGCUCCUUACUCGCUGAGAAACCCAUACAAGAUGUCCUGAUCCAGUCACUCACUAGCCGUGUCAAUGAGUACGAGGCUUGUAUGAAGGAACUGCUUGUGGUGCUCACCAAUACGGAAAAACUCCGUGAGCGAAACAACCAGAAAAUAAAUAAAGACGGCACAAAGGAGCAGGCAAGUGCCAAAAAUCUUACCACAGAUUGCGCUAGUCAACUUACUAUGCUACCAUCGACUCCUGUCACUUUGAUGGACGCCGUUCGUGAUGCCGUUAUGAAACAACAGCAGCGUAUACUAAAUUACCAGAAAACAAUCGAGAGGAACCAGAUAAAGUUUAAGGAAAUUGAGGAAAAGCUCGUGACUAAAAAUGAGUGCAUUCACAAAGUAAAUAACAAAGAGGCUCACGAAGUCCCUGAUAGUGGAAUUAUAUGUGAUUGCUUUGUCCCGUCUAGCGCGAAAGAACUCGACAAACUUCGGAUGUACAUUUUAGAUCUAGAGCGACAUCUGGAAAAGGCAAAGGAAAAUGAAAAGAACAUUAUGGCUGAGCUGAGGAACGCGAAACACAAGGCUGAGGUCAGUUCACAGAGCAGCCAAAGGUACGUCAAGCAGCUGGAUUGGCUAAAGGCUCUUCUCAUUCAAAAGGAAAAUCUACUUACUGAUGUGGAGACUCGGUACCGCACCAUUGAAGGGAAACUUAAGAAAUAUCAACUGACAGAUUUAGAUUCCACUUGUUCUUCACUUGCAAACGACAAAAAUGCGAAGUCUGAUGAUGCAGGUGACAAGCUUGACACGACGCACCACUGCCAGCUUUUCCUGGGCAAAGAGCUAGUAUUAACAUUUCUUAAUACCCCUGAGGAAUUCAAAGACAUGUUCCUUGGUGCAACUUCAGCCGCACUGCAUCUUCCCCGUUCAUGGAUCAGUAUCACAAAAACACAGCUUAUCGGGGAUAGACACGGCGUGAGUAUAGAACUUGAUGUGCAGCACAGCGCAUCCAUGAAGGAGUGUACAAUCAAUUCAAUCAUUCACGCGCACUCUUAUCACGAACUACAGGAAUUGAAAGAGCGCGCCCUUCUGCGGCAGCUUGAGAUAACUGAAACAACUGCACAUGGCAUAGAGAAGGCGUUGCAUGACAAGACUCAACAGGUUGAAGUACUUCAGAAGCGGGUUCAUGGGCUGCAGAGGUUGCUUAACCAACGGAAUCGAGAUCAGGAAUCCAUUGAUCGGCAGGUCGAUAUAGCCCUGGAGGAAGCCAAUGUCGCUGUAAAGGAUGUCUAUGCCGCUCUUGAAGCGGAACGCCUCAAAACCUUGAACGCCAAUGAAGCCCUCCAAAUUGCACAAGAGGAUGCCGCUGUACAACUUCAGAAGUUAGCUAACUACGAGAAACAGCUCGAAGACGCACACAAGGUGAUCGAAGCCAUGCAAUCGCAACUUAAAGCCGUAGAAGAACAACUUCCUGAAGUCGAUAAACAUAAGAUGGAGUUGGACCAGUCCCUUCAGGAUUUACGUCAAAAGAAAAACAAAGAGCCGCGCGAAGCCACAGACACUACGAUAGCGGGAUCUGUCGUGGAAACAUUUGCUUUGAGACUCCCUCUACCGCUUUCAGACGCGUCGGAGAUUGAUGCUGCUGCCCUUUUUUCUUCUGCCUCAGAUUCCGGGAGUCAUGCGCCUGGAAAGUCUAGUGUGGCUGUGACCACGCUGUAUCGCUUGCUUCUGUGUGAAGCAUCGAUGGCUACCGGAACGGUACCGGUACGCAUUUCAAGAGCCUCAAUGAUCACCAAAAAGAUGUCUCCCGCACAGGUCCCCACGCUGAGCCUCAAGCUGGUGCUUUCAUGUUUCGUGACUACAGACAAGAGGGAGGCAGUAUGUCAGAACAUCGCACAAAAACUCUCCUCUUGUCCUUUUCACUGCUCGCUUCGGUAUCUUCAAGACCACCUUGAAGUCUCUCGAGAGCUGGUAAACUCUAAACAAGUUUCUACCCUCACGCACAACGCAAAAACGACCGAAAAGACUAUCCAAACUUCGACAAACUCUUUACAAGAGUUAAUAAAAAUAUUAGAAGACAAGUUUGAUAAAGCACUGAGAACAGCGGAUCACCGAACGGCGGUAGGGGUUCAGGCAAAGGCUGAGAUAUUGAUCGGACGUUUGCACACUUUGGAGCUCACUUUGCGACAAACUAGGGAAGCUACCAAAGAAAAUGAAAAGAAGCUAGUAGAUGAGAACAACCCGGCAUUAGAACAGCUGCGUAUAGAGCUUCAGUCUGCCACACAGCGCUGCGAGGAGCUCGAACGCCAAGUGUUUGAGAUGGAAACUGAUAUGAAUGAUUUUGCCAAGAUACAAGCCUCCCUGCAAGACUCCUUUGAGAACGCCCAGACAGAGCUUCGCGCUAAAAAACAGGACCACGAGUAUUCAAAGCAUUACAUUCGACAAAUAGAAAAGGAAUCUGAAAGGGUAAAGGAAGAGAAUAGACGACUUCGCGCGCGUGCCUUAGUUGUGACAGCUCCCAACGAGAGCGAUGAUAUCAAAGGACAGAGCACUGGUAGUGGAAGCUCUAAGGCUAAUGACUCUUCGGAAAUGAGAUCAGUGAUCGCAACUCUGCAUAAGACACGAUCCUUACUUAAAGAGAUCAUGUUUACUGUGCAGCAACAUAGUGGCCAAAGCAGCGAUGUAAGCAAGCCUGUCGCUGCGAUUGACCCUUAUAAAGCUUCAACUGAAACUUACAGGUUAGUUCGUCAGCUCCACAGCGCUAUUACAACGUUGCUAUCAGAGCGUAAAACUUCUCCUAAGCAGCUAUCAGAAAGUGUGAAAGGCAGUGCAGCUACACCAUGCAAGCGUACCCCUGCAGCGGCGCCGAUCCCAAUUGAAAGCACCAAAGAAUACCCAAAAUCUAUUCAGAUGCAACAAAAUAAGAGCACUAUAAAGGGGUCUACUCGAAUCUCAUCAAGUCCAAUGGAAGAGGAACGAAGUAAAAUAGGCAGAACGGUUCCCAUCACUCACUCAACGAGCACUGAAGCAGCCUUCACGCGGAGCGCGACGGCGGCGUGUUUCCGCCCACGCGUCCACGCCAGAGCAAUGGGUGUGAUGCCAACGUUAAGUUCUAGCGACGAAUCAAGCCAACAGAAGCAGUCCGGUUGUUCUAGCUCCAGCCUUGCCGCUGGCGAUGGCAAGAAUAACGGAGACCACAUCACAGAGGCGAUGGUCCGGACCCACGAGCACCGAUUUAUAUACCCCGUCAUGAGGCCACCGUUGCUGGAGCUCAGUCCCGGGUGCGGCAGCCCCUCCAGCGAUGCCGCGCUGUCCCGAUUCGUCACGCCGCAGAGCUUUCACCGUAGCCAUACAGACAAUGACCGACUAGACAUGUUUAGGAACUUGGGCGAUGCGAAACACUAA